AUUAGAUAAAAUAUUACAUGAUGUUUUUGUUUUUUGCCCCUAAUUCUUGAUUAUAUGGCGGCAUCAGGUCACAGUCUGAGCGGAUUCAUUUCUCCAUAGAUCUUUAUAAUGGUUGUAGCUCGAUUUUAUGGCAGACAGGAGGCUCGUAUCAAUGCAUAUUCUUCCUUUAUUAAGCUCAAUAGCAGAAAGAAACAUGCAGUGUAAACUUUAAUAACCAAGAGAAAAAACUGUAUAGGGUGCCUAGCAACCCCUUACGCCUCCCAUCUCCAAUCCGACCAAUCCCAACUCAGGACACUCCAUAUAAACCGACUCUGGACCCGCCUCCUCCUCUUUCUUUCUGCUCAAUAGCAAGAUAAGUAUAUAGCUCUUGUGAGAACUGUGGAAUUUUACAUUGAAUGUGGCAUUAGGCCCAUUUUUAAUAUAUAUUCAGUUUUUCUAUUUGCCCUUGUUACUGUUCUGUCAAUUACCAAGGUCGGUACUUCAGACCCUGUCCUUUUCUGCCUGGUACUGCUUCUCACUGCUUUUUUCCCUGUUUUCUGGUCUCCCAGGUUUUCUUUCCACUACACCCCCCCCCUCCCCCUUUUUGCCUAUUCCCUACUGGGCCUUAUGUUCUAUUUCGUAUGUGAUUUUUCUGCACUACUUACUGUCACUCAGCCUUUGCUGCCUUUUCUCCCCCUUUUUCUGUGGUCCUCGGCAGUCCCUUCAGUGUGGCAGUGUCCGCCAUUCUUGGUGAUGUCAGCCUUCUUCUUCACAGUGCGAGGGGGCCGGCUCCUGCCCCCUCUCGCUCUCUGUUUCUGCUCUUCUGUGCAGCAGAAGGGACGCAGCCACAAGAGUGCCUCUACUCGUGGCCACGCCCCUUCCCUGUUCAGCAGCUGGACAGCACUGUUUUUCUUCUUUCCCCUGUUUCUGUACAGCUUGUUAUAGUGCUCUGUCUGUGGUGUGGUUAACUGCACAGGUUGUGGGUUGAAGUCCUGCUGCUAUUGUACUGUUUCUACACAGUUUUCACACUUACAUUAUAUUUAGUGAAGUGUGUUCUGUGUUAUAGCAUAGCCUGGUAGCUGUGGCUCAGUAGUUAGGUCUUUGGCCUUUCUAGUGCUGCUUUGCUGAGUUCAGGGUUCAAUCCCCAGUCAUUCUGAUAGUUAUAUGUAUUUCUAAUAUUGUCAGCUAGAGUGAAUAUAUAAUAUAUAUAUUUUUUUCCUUUACAGCCCCAUAUUGCUAGCUGUUAACCCCUUCCAUACCAAUACUUUGCACUAUGUCUGAAAUUAAAGCUGACCUGACCCUGAGGGAUGGCCCCACUUCCGGGCAUGAGCCCGAAUUAUUGUCACCCGAACAAGUUCACCAGCUUGUUAAUAGAUCGGUCCAUUCUGCCUUGGCGUCUGCCAUGGCGUCUGUAAAUGAGACCAUUUCUAAAUCAAUUUCUCUAGCGAUGUUGCAAUCCCGUCAGGUGGCUACGGUCGACCCUGCGGUUUUGAUUCCUACCCCGGUCCCCUCAGUUCAGGCGCCUAGCGCACACAAAUCAGGGAAAUCAGACCGGAAGCGUCACCACUGCGCUGACGUCUUGAACUCUCCUGUACCCCAGCACACGUCAGGAAACAAAGGAUGUCGUACCUUCGGGUUCCGCCCCCAAUUCAGAUGCCAAACCCUCUGCCCGUGAGGAUGACAAAGCACUUCGGGCUUCGCGCUCAGCGAAACGUUCUAAGCCUGACUCCUAUAUGGAGGAGGACUCCGUUUCAGCGGACGACCUCUCAAACCCUUCCGUCGACAGCAGUGACGGUGAUGAUGAUUGUGUGGAAGAUGGUCGUACCCUGCCUGAUCCCACUACCACGGCUGCCCAAUCUUCACAUACAGUACUGGAUUCCAAAGGGGUCCCAUUCUUUGACCCGAAUGCAAUUUCUCACCCGCAGUCAGGGGAGUGGGCGCCCCUGCCACAAGUGGCGAAAUACUUAGGGGUAAUCGCAGUAAAUUAAGGGCGGAAUGCCCCAGGCCAUCGCUUGACAAUAAGAUUGCAAUGACCCCUGAAUUGGAUCCAAUAUUGGUCAAGUAUCUACUGAAAUUGGGGAAAAACCCGAGAAGGGGAGUCGACCGCUCCUUUAAAAGGAGUGCAGGAUAAAAUGUUAGACUUGCUGGGACCCCUGACCAAGAUUUUGAACCUGGCUGAACAUGCCGUUGCCACGGGUGAGCCAGUGGACGCUGAGGUCCUUAGAGGGUGGGCCUUGAGAAUGACAUGCCUGUUGGGUAAUGCCAACACGGCGAUGUCAGCCGAGCGUUGUCGCUCGAUUCUCAUGCGCCUUGACCCUCAACUUACACAUCUGGCCACUGAGGAACCGGGUUCCUCGGGUGAGGGUCUCCUCUUUGGAGAUUCUUUUAUAAAAAAAAUAUCAACAAAUUUGUCGGUCUAUUUUCAAGCCUUGACAAGGCACAGACUUCACUUAAAAAGACCCUAGGCCAAAAGGUUUUUGGAAAGGCCGGGAGGAGUAGGGGUCGUCCUUCUGGCCGAGGCCCCACUUAUAGACCCUAUCACAGAACACAAGUGCAAUAUGUCUAUGACAGACCCCAUUUUACCAAACUUGCCAUAUCCCCGGUUCCCAUGAAUCGUCCGGGAUUUCUCAGCAAUAUCUUCUUGGUAAAGAAGAAAGACGGAGGGCACAGAGCUGUGAUCAAUUUGCGGGAUCUAAACGAGUAUGUUUUGUAGUAGGCAAAGAAAGGGAUAUCCAGCGCAGACUCUCAUGCAAAAGGAACUUCUUUAUUGGUUAAAAUACAUGUUGCUAAGGGAUACAGCAAGGAUUCAUGCAGUGUGACGCGUUUCAGCCCGCAGGGCCUUAAUCAUACACAGUAUGAUUUGUAUCGCCACUUCAAAAUGGAGGGCAUACAUUCACUCAGGGAUUUACUACUCCCAGGAGACUGGUUGGCAAAGAUAGACUUGAAGGACGCGUACCUUACGGUACCGAUUCAUCCUUCUUGUUGCCCAUGUCUCCAAUUCACAAGGGAGGAUCAAAAAUGGGAGUUUUCGUCUCUCCCGUUCGGCCUGUCCUCGGCUCCGUGGUGUUUCACCAAACUGAUGAGACCAGUUAUGGCGGUCCUCAGGAGUCGAGGAGUGCGGUUGAUAAUAUAUCUCGACGACAUACUAAUUAUGGCUCGUACAAGAGAUCAGAUUUUACUGCAUGUACACUGGGCGGUCUCGCUUCUAGAGGAACUGGGGUUCCUUCUCAACGAGAAAAAGUCAAUCCUUAUCCCUGCUCGGGCUAUGGAGUUUUUGGGGUUUCUGGUAGAUACCCGUUCGGCGACUCUCAGUUUACCCCACAAAAAGUUGACUGAUUUGCAAGGAAAUAAGGACCUUGCUAAGGAGAGGACUGGUGUCCUUGCAUGCGGUUGCUCGGAUUGUAGGUCUGUUGUCGGCAUCAAUUCAGGCGAUAUUUCCGGCACUGCUACAUUACAGGGCAUUACAACACCUCAAGACCAAACAUCUCUUGGAGGGUUUGUCCUAUUCAGAUCGAGUUCCUUUGUCUCAGGAGGCUUGGGACAAACUCCAAUGGUGGCUCCGAAAUGUCCAGGAUUGGAAUGGAAGGACAAUUUUCAAUUCCAAACCAGACCUGAUUAUAGAAUCGAAUGCCAGCCUGAGCGGCUGGGGAGCCCGGUGCGGAUCUUCCUCCACGGAAGGGAAGUGGUCCGAGGCAGAGUCACAAUUACACAUAAACUGCCUAGAACUUCUAGCAGGGUCGUUUGCACUCAAAAGCUUCGCUUCCCACAGGUCAGAUUGUUGUGUACUGAUCCGCAUGGACAAUAUCACGGCGGUACAGUAUAUCAAUCGUCUGGGAGGCACAAGGUCGAAAGUCCUGGCGGACAUCGCCAAGGAAUUAUGGCUGUUUUGCCUGCAAAAGAAUGUUCUGUUGCAAGCAGAGUAUCUGCCGGGCAUAUCCAACUCCGUGGCGGAUUGGAAUUCCAGGUACCUGAUAGAACGCAGCGAUUGGAGGUUGCAUCCUUCAGUUUUUCAAGCCAUUCACUCCCUGUGGGGACCGCUGGAGUUGGAUCUCUUUGCGUCCCGGCUCAAUCGCCAACUACCACAGUUCUUCAGUUGGCAGCCUGAUCCGGAGGCUGUAGCAACCGAUGCG